GCUGAGGGAGGGAAGAUGGCGGCGCGGGCGGGCUUCCAGGCGGUGGCUCCGAGCGGCGGCGGCGGCGGGGCCGGCCCCGGGGCGGGAGCGCUGGGCCCAGGGGCUGCCGGGCCUCCUGUGCGGAUGGGCCCGGCCCCGGGGCAAGGAAUGUACCGCUCUCCUCUGCCCGGCGCUGCAUACCCGCGCCCUGGCAUGCUGCCUGGCAGCCGCAUGAACCCUCAGGGACCUGCCAUGGGACCUCCAGGGUAUGGCGGGAGCCCUUCAGUCCGACCAGGGAUGGCUCAGUCGGGAAUGGACCAGUCUCGCAAAAGGCCAGCCCCUCAGCAGAUCCAGCAAGUUCAGCAACAGUCAGUUCAGAACCGUAACCACAAUGCCAAGAAAAAGAAGAUGGCGGAUAAGAUUCUACCUCAGCGGAUCCGGGAGCUAGUGCCAGAGUCUCAGGCGUACAUGGAUUUGUUGGCGUUUGAGAGGAAGCUGGACCAGACCAUCAUGAGGAAGCGGUUGGAUAUCCAGGAGGCCUUGAAGCGGCCCAUUAAGCAAAAGCGGAAGCUGCGCAUCUUUAUCUCUAACACCUUCAACCCAGCCAAGUCUGAUGCAGAGGAUGGAGAAGGCACCGUGGCCUCCUGGGAGCUCCGAGUGGAAGGACGUCUGCUAGAAGAUUCUGCUCUCUCAAAGUAUGAUGCUACCAAACAGAAGAGGAAGUUCUCAUCCUUCUUUAAGUCUCUGGUGAUUGAGCUGGACAAGGACCUCUAUGGCCCUGAUAAUCACCUGGUGGAGUGGCAUAGGACUGCUACCACCCAGGAAACUGACGGUUUCCAGGUGAAAAGACCUGGCGAUGUGAAUGUGCGUUGUACUGUCCUCUUGAUGCUGGAUUACCAGCCUCCUCAGUUCAAACUGGACCCCCGUUUGGCUCGCCUCUUGGGCAUCCACACCCAGACCCGCCCAGUGAUUAUCCAGGCCCUGUGGCAAUACAUCAAGACUCACAAGCUACAGGACCCUCACGAACGGGAGUACGUCAUUUGUGACAAGUACCUCCAGCAGAUAUUUGAAUCUCAGCGAAUGAAGUUCUCGGAGAUCCCUCAGCGGUUGCAUGCUUUGCUUAUGCCUCCAGAACCGAUCAUCAUCAACCAUGUCAUCAGCGUCGAUCCAAAUGAUCAGAAGAAAACUGCUUGCUAUGACAUUGAUGUGGAAGUGGAUGACACUUUGAAAACCCAAAUGAAUUCUUUCCUGCUCUCCACAGCCAGUCAGCAGGAGAUAGCUGCACUGGAUAACAAGAUCCACGAGACCAUAGAAACAAUCAACCAGCUGAAGACCCAGCGGGAAUUCAUGCUGAGCUUUGCCAGAGACCCCCAGGGCUUCAUCAACGACUGGCUGCAGUCCCAGUGCCGGGACCUGAAGGCUAUGACUGAUGUUGUUGGGAACCCAGAAGAGGAACGCCGAGCUGAGUUUUACUUCCAGCCAUGGGCUCAGGAGGCCGUGUGCAGAUACUUCUACUCUAAGGUUCAGCAGAGACGGCAGGAGCUGGAGCAGGCCCUGGGAAUCCGCAACACAUAGGCAGGCCUGCCUCUCCCAAGCCAGCAGGUCUUAACGGCUAACCAAACACUGCAGGGAUUCACUGCUCAGGCCUAUACAAUUCCCACUUCAGCACAGAACCUACCGUUCCUCUCCCGGCAUCUCUUUCCGCUGCUCCGGUCCCCUCCCUCGGGGGGAGGAGGGGAUGGUGUCAGGCCGAAGGUCUUGUAUUUCAGCUUGGCCUCCUUCCUCGAUUGUUGCCUUUGGAGCCCCAGGGCUCUCCUGUCCUGGCUCUAGCUGAAGCUCUUCCACGCUUGGAACAGCUUCAGUUCAGAGCCUUGCAAGCUCAGGACCUCCUUGCCAGUCCCUAGGAACUCUCCCCCCCCCCCAAUUCCACCCCCAAAGCUGUGUCUGCACAUCAGCUUUGUACCUGAGCAGAUGGGUACAGGCCUGGGCCUGUUCGGCUUCUUGUAGGGCGAGAGGAGAGGAGCAGGAGGGUGUCACUGCAGCAAAUUCCAUAUGCCUUUCAGGGGCUGAGGGAUGUUGUGCAAAUUCAUCUAUUCUGAAACAGCCGGAGCUCCCUCUGGCUUUUUCCCUGGGAGCUGCGACGCAGCAAAGUUGGCAAGGAGUCUGCAGGGUCACAACACAUGUAUCUGUCUUAACUUCAUGUUGGUGUUUUGCUUUUUGCUUUCGAAUGGGAUAGCUGGCGGAGAUGCCCAGAUACAGUCUUGGGCCUAGGCCUGUUCCACAGUGGUCUUCCCAAAUCAUUGCCCCACCCCCCAAGCGGGGGAGGAGGGGCAUCUCCAUCUCGCCCCAACCUCCAUCUGAAUUCCUAAACGCUGCUUCUUCCCCCCACCCCACAACUCUCUAGAUCCACAGAACUUGGUGGAAGGGCACAUUCCCAUGUAACGGUUGCUUUCCUAAUGUCUUCCUCACCUAAUAUGGCACAGAGCAGGUUUCUGGAGCGAAUUAACAGGGUGCGGAACUGACGGAGCAGGGAGAGAUGGCAGGCAGGUGUUCAUGACCUGGGAGGAAUUUUUGGCAAAAGCAGCCACUCACUUCUGACAUGUGGUUGUUUGGGGCUGGAAGGUUGGUCCCAGGCACCUGCUGUAGGUUUUUUUGGGGGGGGGGAAUGGAGCUGCAUCUUUCUGCAGACUGGUUUUUGGGACUGUAAUGCAGCUGGACAGGUCCCAGCUGCUUGUACUCUUAUGACACUAGCUGCAAAAAAAAAAAAAAAUCAAGUUACUGACAAGCCCCUCUUCCUCAUCCACCUCCUGGAAUGAGGCCAGGGGCAGCUUUGAAUUCAGGAGUCCGGGUGGCCCUAUUCCCUUGUGUAUGCGUCCACGUUCAGAGAGUGAGAGGCUCUAUCCUUCUUGUCUCGUCUUUGCCAUAUGAAAGACCACCUCGCCCUUUUUACCUACCUCCCCGUCCACCACCAAACCCCGCUUUGUGGUACCAGGGAUUAGAACCCCGGUGCCUUAACGUAGCUGCCGCAGGCUCUCAGGGCAAGUAUAGAUGAAGGAAGCUCAGAGACUGACUGGCUCGGCAAAGUGUAGCUGCUUUUAACUGCUCCCUAUUAUGCUUUUGUGUUUUGUGGCUCUCUCUUUCUUCUCUCCCUUCUCCCUCCCCGUGGACCAAAUCUUUUUUCUUUUUUUUUUGUACUGUAUCCUUUUAGAUGUCACCUUCUUCUAAUAAAAACUGCCUCUAAAUGAU